AUGUCGUCUCUCACCGUCUACGCCAACGAGCCGUCGACCCGCGGCAAGGUCGUCCUACACACGAGCCUCGGGCCGCUCGAUGUCGAGCUGUGGAGCAAAGAGGCGCCGCUCGCGUGCCGCAACUUCGUGCAGCUCGGCAUGGAGGGCUACUACGACGGCUGCAUCUUCCACCGCGUGAUUAAGGACUUCAUGGCGCAGACCGGCGAUCCGACAGGCACGAAUCGCACUUUAGUCUUGUGUGGCACGGGCAAGGGCGGCGAGUGCGCGCUGUCAGCCGAGCACAAGAACGAGCGCCUGCUCGGGAUGGCGAGCAGCGGCCCGGACACCAACAAGUCCCAGUUCUUCGUAACGCUCGACCGGUGCGAGUGGCUCGACAACAAGCACACCAUCUUUGGAAAGGUCACCGGCAACUCGAUCUACAACCUGAACCGGUUCAACGAGGUCGAGGUCGGAGAGCACGACCGGCCAACCUACCCGCCCCGCAUCCUGCGCAUGGAGGUCCUCCUCGAGCCCUUCGACGACAUCGUCCCGCGACCGAGCGCCGUGGCGCCGCCCCCCGAGCCGGCGGCCAAGAAGCGGAGGAAGGGCGUCAAGAACCUGUCGCUGCUCUCGUUCGGCGAGGAGGCGGCCAACGCCUCUUCACAGCUCCCUGUUCACAGCUCCCUGUUCACAGCUCCCUAUUCACAGCUCCCGCUCGGCGAGCAGGCGGCCAACGCCGAGGCGCAGGAGGCGGCGCUGCCGAAGAAGGCGAUCGCCGCCCACGACAUGCUCUCCGACCCGACGCUGAGCAAGGAGCACGCCGUGGACCCGGAGGAGCUCGCCCAGAAGCUCCGCAUGAAGGCGAGCUUUGCCGAGAUGAGCCGAGAUGAGCCCAGAUGA